AUGAAUGACCAAUCCAAACAAGAAAAGCGUGCUCUUGGUCUGACCACCAAGAUCAUCGGUGCAACCUUUGCGAUCAUGAUUCUGGUGGUUGCUGUGAACUAUGUCGUAUUCCUGAACGGAUAUCGAACUGAUGCACAAGCCGCGAUGAUGGAUCGAGCUUCAGCCUUUACAGCUGUAGCGGACGAAGCAAAGACGGAUGCAUCGGAGAAGUUUAUCAAUGGAGAAGUGAAUGUUGACAAGCUUCUCGAUGAUGCAUUCGAGAUCAUGGACUCUGGAGGACACUAUGCGGAUACGCGUUACUUCGCCUCCAUUCCUGUCGUCGUCGGCUGGAAUACCGGAUUGAAAGCCGCUGCGAAAGAGGGGAUGGAUUUCACAGUGGUUUCACUCGAAGCACGGAAUCCGGACAAUGCCCCGAAGACCGCGUUCCAGAAUGAGAUGAUUCGUGAUCUCACUGAUCAGUACGAUUCGACAGGCGAAACUGUGCUUGGUCGCAUCAAUGAAGAAACCAAUACGAUGCACUACAUGCGAGCGAUCACACUCGACGAGUCAUGCAUGUCGUGUCAUGGAGAUCCGGCAAAGUACGACGAGCGUGAUGAAGAAGGCAACUUUGACGGAAAGGAUGCGCUCGGAUUCCGUUAUGAGAACUGGCCGGUAGGGUACAUGCACGGCGCCUACGAAGUCCAAAUGCCUCUGGAAAUCGUGGAUGCACAGGUCGGUGGGUUCUUCAAAAAAGGCAUGCUCUUUACACUCCCGUUCAUCGUGAUCGGUGGAUUUGGACUGGCAUUCUUGCUGCGUCAGAUGCUCUCGAAGCCGCUCAAUGCAACCAUCGCGAUGGUCAAAGAUAUCGCGACGGGAGACGGUGACCUGACGAAAAGACUGGAUAUCAAGCGUCAAGACGAGAUCGGAAAGCUCGGCCACUGGUUUGACCUGUUCAUGGGCAAUCUGCACUCCAUCAUCUCUCAGCUGAGCAACACAUCGCAAGCGGUUGCGUCCGCAUCAACUCAGAUCGCCGCGUCCGCAGAGGAAAUGGCGGUCGGACUUCAGACUCAGGAGCAGCAAACACAGCAGGUCGCCGCGGCGGUUGAGGAGCUCUCCCAGUCAGUAAAUGAAGUAGCCGCGAAAUCGUCUGACGCCACCUCAGCGUCUGCAGACAGUCAGCACCAAGCGGAAGAAGGCGGUGCAAUCGUCAGCUCCACAGUCGAAGAAAUGCAAGGCAUCGCUCGCGAAGUCCAAGGCAGCGCCGAGACCAUCAACACCCUGGGUCAGAAGAGCGAGACGAUUGGUGAGAUCAUCGCGGUCAUCAACGACAUCGCAGAUCAGACCAAUCUGCUCGCUCUGAACGCAGCGAUCGAGGCAGCUCGAGCAGGAGAGCACGGGCGUGGAUUUGCUGUGGUUGCUGAUGAGGUCCGUAAGCUCGCAGAGCGGACCACGGAAGCGACAAAGGAAGUCUCCCAGUCCAUCCUUGGGAUCCAGACUGAAACUUCUUCUGCUGUCCAACUGAUCGAAGCGGGAUCGCAGCGAGUCGGAAAGGGUGUCGAACUCGCGACACAAGCUGGAACUGCUCUGGAGUCCAUCGUUGGAGGCUCAAAGAGCGUACAAGGCAUGGUCCAAGACAUUGCUGCAGCCGCCAAUGAGCAGUCCGCAGCGACGGGCGAGAUUGCCAGGGCUGUCGAGGGGAUCAACUCCGUCACGCGUCAAUCUUCGGAGGGAGCUUCUCAAGCUGCUCAAGCCGCGAGCGAUCUGGCGCACCAAGCGGAGCAGCUCCAAGGUCUGGCACAAGUGCCGAAGGAUGAAGACUGUAUGGCUCACUCGAACUCCGCAAAGAAGCGUAUCCGUCAGAACAUGAAGCGUCGUGCUCUCAACCGCUGGCGUCUCCGCACUAUGCGUACCGCUAUCAAAGAUUUCGACGAGAGCAUCGCAGGUAACGGCGAUGCAACCGCGGCAUACCGCAAGGCAGCAGCGAUCGUAGAUCGGACCGCUCAGAAGGGUGUCAUCCAUAAAAAUCAAGCCGCUCGUCGCAAGAGCCGGAUGAAUGCUCGACUCAAAGCUCACAAACGAGCAUCCAAGAUGCUCCCCAACCAAGCCGGGACCAGCAGUGAUCGGCCCAUCUUGGCGCGGGACAGCUACUUCUCUAUAUCAAUGCGCCCACUCCCGAUGUUGCUGUUUCUGCUCCCCAUCAUUGUGAUGUAUGAGCUUGGAUCGAUGGGGGUUUUCGGCCCAGUUGGUAACUCGCUCGAAGCACAUCAAAUGCUGGUUCGUUUCUUCAAUGUGUUUGGUGCUGCCGGACUUCAUCUCCCAGCUCUGGCGCUGGUGACCAUGUUGCUCAUACAACAUGUGUUGAGUAAAGAUCCGCUUCGAUUCUCAGUCGGGGUCUGGCUCAAAAUGAUCGCUGAAUCUGCGUUUCUCACAGGCCCAUUGAUCGUGAUGGUCAUGCUGCUCAAGCCGAUGGGGGUGGGUGGGGGUGAGAUGGUCAUCCAAGCCGCACCAGUUGAGGGGUCGCAGGCGAGUAUGGUCAUGCUCGCAUUCGGAGCAUCGUUGUACGAAGAGAUGCUAUUCCGAUUAGUAUUGAUCACGAUGAUCCAUUUCCUGGUCUCCGAUGUGCUCGGAUUCAGCGAGACCAAAGGAUUUAUUGCUGGCUUGAUCCUCUCCUCAUUGGUAUUCGCUUGGCAUCACGAUCAGAUUUUUAUGCUCGACGGAUCGAUCAAUUUCAAGCUCGCAUUCUUCUACUUUCUCGCCGGGAUGUACUUCGGAUUGCUGUUUCUGAUGCGUGGGCUGGGAAUCGCGGUGGGUGUGCACCUGUUUUAUGACCUCUUGGUGCUGGUCAUCAUCCCGUCGUUUGAGCAAGGGUCCUGA